AUGAAAGAUCUAGGGCAUCUUCGAUAUUUUUUGGGACUCGAAGUUGCAUAUGGGCCACGAGGAUAUCUUCUUUCUCAACAAAAAUACAUCUCUGAUCUUUUGGAUCGAGCUGAGUUGAAUGAUGAUCAGAUCGCUGACAUACCUCUUCAGCUCCAUCAAAAACUAGCACCUGAUACAGGAGAACUCUUGGAAAAUCCCACUCGGUAUCGUGAAAUUGUUGGUGCUUUGGUCUAUCUCACUAUUUCUCGACCAGACAUUGCAUAUGUUGCUCAUGUGGUGAGUCAAUUUGUUCAAUCUCCUACCUCAGUUCACUAUGCUGCUAUACUUCAUAUUCUACGCUAUCUUCGUGGCACUUUAUCUAGAGCUCUUUUGUUCUCCUCAACAUCAAAGUUAUAA